AUGAUUCAAGCGAUUCUGGUUUUCAACAACCACGGGAAGCCGCGGCUGGUCCGCUUCUACCAGCGUUUCCCAGAAGAAAUUCAGCAGCAGAUUAUCCGAGAGACCUUCCAUCUAGUUCUGAAGCGAGAUGACAACAUCUGUAACUUCUUGGAGGGUGGAAGUUUGAUUGGCGGCUCUGACUACAAACUGAUCUAUCGGCACUAUGCGACACUCUACUUUGUGUUUUGUGUGGACUCGUCAGAGAGUGAACUUGGAAUCUUGGACCUCAUCCAGGUUUUUGUGGAGACCCUGGACAAGUGUUUUGAAAAUGUUUGUGAAUUGGAUUUGAUCUUCCAUAUGGAUAAGGUGCACUACAUCCUUCAGGAGGUGGUGAUGGGGGGGAUGGUGUUGGAAACCAACAUGAAUGAAAUCGUGGCGCAGAUUGAAGCUCAAAACCGGCUGGAGAAAUCCGAGGGUGGCCUUUCGGCAGCCCCCGCCCGGGCCGUGUCCGCCGUGAAAAACAUCAACCUGCCGGAGAUUCCUCGGAACAUCAACAUUGGUGACCUCAACAUCAAAGUCCCCAACCUGUCCCAGUUUGUCUGACCGUCCGCCGCUGCUGAACUGGAGUCUUUGAAACCAGCCAAGCCAGUCCUGCCGCAGAUCCCACUCUGAGCCUUAGGAGCGUGGAGCGCCAGGCCCUGACCCUUGCUGCCAUGGAGUGAGGGGGCACCCUGGGUUCACUGCCAGCUUGUGCUUGGUUCUCGUGCGCCGCCUUGCCGGCCUCUGAAACCCGUGGCCACAGCAGAUGGGGGGGGCGGGGGGGCUGGCCUCCCCCGUGGGGUCAGCGUGCCCAAGCCGCUCAAACCUUUACCUCCCGCAUGUAGCCACUUCCGGGGACUGGGCACUGGACUGCGGCCACCUGCUUCCUAGAAGCCAGUGUCCAGCACCAGGACCCUGACGGGAGUCCUUGUCCUUAGCGCCGCCAGCCUUCUGCGGUCUUGUCACAUUCACUUAGCUGGCGAGGUGCCGUAGCUAGUACAGAGCCAGCCUUCCAGGCUGCGGCGAGCAGCAAACAAGAGCAGAGUUUUAUGAGGACCUGGGUUGCCUCCUGGCUGUACGGGGUCACCCCGCCCACAGACCCCGUUCCCCCGCGGCCCCAGUGCUCGCACAGGGAGCGAUCCAAGCCAUGAGCGGCUGCAUGCUGCUAGGGAGGUGGCCCCCUUCCCCGCGGCCGUGUCUCCGCCGCAGCCAGAGGGUCCCUCCGCAGAGGGGAGAGACCCCGGGUCUGAGGAAGGUGAAGCUGACGACGUGUGGGGCAUCUUGGAGUUAUGACUCUUUCCAGGUGUAAAAUACAUUCUUCUGAUGAGGGGCGGAUGGGUCUGGUGCCGGGUUGGAAACGGUGUUCUCUCCGUACGGGAAAGCCACCGCCACCUGCACCUGCCUGCGGCGUGUGAGAGCCGGGGGCACACGUUCUGGAGCGGCCACUGCGAAGGCUGGGGACGCAAGAGGAGUGCCGGCCUGGCCCCGUGCCUGCGCGGUGUCUUGUCCCCACUGUGGGAGGAGCCCCGCCCUGUCCCCCCAGAUGACGUCCGCCCACAGCUGGCUUUGGAAACCUGUAAAUGUUUCCCUGUGACCAGAGUCUUCCUUUCUGUGGUUAACGUAGAGCAGAAACUGCUCCUCGGAGUCGUACCUCUUGCGGCGCUGCCUCCGAGGCCGGGUCCCCGGCGCGGUGCUGAGCUGCCUGCCGGUAGGGAGCUCACCGCCUCACCGCAGCGACACCCCCCAGCCAGGGGGCUUCUCCUGCCGCUCCGGUGCCCUGCCGUCGCUGCAGAGCCCGUAGGAGGUGGUGCCCACCGCGACCACGGUGCCCCCUCCCCGCAGCCUCCCGUGCUCUCUCGGUCAGAGCCUCCCUGAGAGCCUCCGAGACGGCGGGUGAUCAGAAGGAGGCCCUCGACUGUCCGAAGAGGGACCCGGUCACUGCUAGCAUUCUUCUGAAGGGCUUGGCUUUUCUUUCGAGACACCUCAGCGCGUUCAUGCUCCUCUCACGUUUACAAAACGUGGACUGAGAAAGAAGGAGGCGCACGGACGGAAGGCCUCACAGCAGACACCAUUGUCCCCACUGCGCAGGGAAAGAGAGAGGUCCAGUAACCUGCUUCGCGUCACAAGGGCUGAGACUGCCUGCUGAAAUCCAGAGUCCACUCCCCUUCACUGCUCAAGAUGGCUUCUUCCAAUCUUCUCUUUGUUCUAGAGAAGGACACUGAGUCCCGGAGAGGUUAAUGGCUUCUCACAAACCCUGAUAAAACCAAACCUGGUUUGCUGGGGCGGGGGGGGGGGGGGGCAGCGAUGAUGUCCCGGAGGGCAUCCCAUGCUCCGCAGGGCUGAUGAGGGACCGGCAGCCCCGAGUGUUACGUGCCGUGUUGAGGGUCACGAAGCUGGAGCCUGGUCGUUUUUCUUGAGUGUGUGUGUGUGUUUUGUGGUUUGAUGCAUUCGUGCAGGACCCCGGUCCCCAGGCUUCCCAGGGCAGCCUUGCAGUGUUUUUACCUGUCAGAAACCGGUGGAUUCCGGCUUCGGCUCCCCUCGCACGGGCCCCUGACUGGCCCCAGAGACGCCACCCAGCGAGCGGCCCGACCUCAUCCCUCAAACGGCCUCCACAAAGGGCCUGAAACUUCACCCUGGUUUUUUGUUUGGAAAAGUCCAUCCCUCGGACCAGCCACUGUAAUCGUUCGUUAGCUACUUGAGGCUUGCGUGCAAAUGCGGCUCGCUCGUCUGCCUGCUGCCAGCAAAGCCGUAAACUUUCUUUUUUUAAUAAGAGGAAAUCAUAGGCUUUUUUUGAAGAAGGAUACAGGUACUGCUGCUGAGAGUUUUCGGUUAUGAAAAUAGGGACUGGGCCUAAAUUUGAGAGUCCUUGGCCCUGGAUGAUUGAGGCUGAGGGUCUCCUGAAGUGGGACAGAACCCUGGGUUUCCAGGGCUCCCCGCCCCUAAUUAAAACCAGAAGUUCCGUGGCGCAGUUUGUAAGUGGCUGGUGCAGGCCAGGCUCGCUGCCAGGCACUGGAGAGAGCGCCGAGGCUCAGCUUCCGCUGUGCUCUCUGCUGAGGACCUGGGAGUGCCCAGCCUGAGUGACUGGCAGCCGGGAUGUGUAGUGACUGGCGCUGGUGAUGUUCUGUGGAGUAUUUGAAGGACAAGAGCCCGUUUGGCCCCCACCGCGGCCCCCACCGUGCUCCGCCGGGCCAUGCUUCAAACAGCCUUUGCUCAAGCUGCUGUCCCCAAAAGACUGGCUGGGAGGCUUCCCAAACAUCCCUCACAGUUCUGCAGUCUGAUCAAGAUCAAGGUCCCAGCAGGUUUGAUGUCUAGCAAGAACCUGCUUCCUGUUUCAUAGAUGGCCAUCUUGCUCUGUCCUCAGUGGCCGAGAAAGUUCUUUGUUCUGCAUCCCCUGAUAAGGGUGCCAGUCUCAUCAUGGGGCUCCACCCCACGACCCCAUCCAAACCUAAUCUCCUCCCCAAGGCCCGCCCCCUCCAAACACCCAUCACAUUGGGGAUUAGAUCUCAGCACAGGAAUCUGGAGCCGCAGACAUUCAUCCACAGGGCACCUAGUGACCUGCCUUUCCCCUUGGCCUGCACAGCCCUGUGCCUGUCAUGUUGAGGAUGAACUCGGGAUAUCUUGUCUUCUCAAGUCCCUGUUUGUUAUUCAGGCCUCUGCCCCUCACAGAGCCAGCCCUCCCUCACCCCCACCUCCAUGGGGCCGCCCUGGUGAAGUGCCCUCCGGCCCCAGCUCCACCGGAAAACCGGGGAGCGUGCCGGCUAACUCCCGCCGGCUGGGCCAGCCCUUAGUAGGGGUGCGGCCGUCCGGCCGCGGCUUUCCAAGUAGACGCAGCGGCGGUGCCUGAUGAUAAGCGGGGUGAACGUGAGGGCCAGGAUGGAGAGCCCCUUAAGGGUGAGACGCCCAGGCCGUUGUCGGCUGCCACCUCCCUUGUACCCCGGGGCCACCUGUCUCCCUGUGCUGAGGACCCCGCUCACCGGCUGCCUCAGGGCUUGGCCCUCACGGGGUGCUGCGCGGCCCCCGGCAGCCAUCAGCGGAGAUGCAGGCAGGCCCCCUCUAAGGGAAUGGUUCCGUGAGAAUGAUUCAUCGUUUCCACAAGACUGUGUACGUUCUUUCCUGUUCGAUGAAUUAAUGCUUUAAGAGAAAUACAUUCACGUAGUUCAGAAUUUAAGAUAACAGAGGCUGUUCAGCCAGAUUCCCACCAUGUUCCCGCAAACCACCUUCCCCCACUCCAUGGCGACAAGUGUUUCCAAUUAAGAAAUAAAGUCCCGGGAUUUUUAUUACCAAAACUGAGAGUGUCCUUUUCCUGAAAGAGUUAUGUUCCUUUUGACCUUGGUGUCACCUCAGCCCUCUGCAGCCAUGCCACCCUCUGGAUGGGGGAGGGCCCCCCGGACACCCCGCAUAAAGGAGCUCCUGCUUGGGCGUACCUAUCCCAGCUCUGCUUUUCCUGUUUUCAGGUCACUCUGACCUGAUGUGUGUUUGGAUCGAAGUUACUGGCUGUCCCCUGCUAGAAUGAGUGUCCCCGUGGGCGGGUGUGGUCUCUGGCUCCGCAUGGCGGGGUCGGUGCCAGGUGUGUGGCUCUUGCUCUUAAUAAAGAAGUGUUGAAUGAGUGAA